GCCUGACCCUUCCCAGCGUGCUCGGCGAUUCCGGCGUGCGAGGCCCUCGGAGGGCAAGGCCCCAGGGCCUGGCUUAGGGACGCGAAAGGCAGGCUGGGAAUUGUAGUUUGAUAGCCCGCGAGGGGGGCUAGAGGCUGGCGGUAGGAGGGACUCGUUGUCCCAGCGUGCCCUGCGCCUCAGCCCGCGCGCUCGCAGUUUCUCGCUCUCGCCCGCCCUCCGCUCCCUAGCUUGCUCGCGCUUUUGCUCGCGCUCUCCUCGCGGAUCGAAGGGACUGUGGCUACAGCCUGUGGCUGGGAAGGGCGACAGAGGCGGCGGUUCAGGAGAAACGAAGCUGCAGGGGUGGUGGUGGUGAGAAGAUGUCGGGCGAAGACGAGCAGCAGGAGCAAACUAUCGCCGAGGACCUGGUCGUGACCAAGUAUAAGAUGGGGGGCGACAUUGCCAACCGGGUACUUCGGUCUUUGGUGGAAGCAUCCUGUUCAGGUGUGUCGGUACUGAGCCUGUGUGAGAAAGGUGAUGCCAUGAUAAUGGAAGAGACAGGGAAGAUUUUCAAAAAAGAAAAAGAAAUGAAGAAAGGUAUUGCCUUUCCCACCAGCAUUUCAGUAAAUAACUGUGUAUGUCACUUCUCCCCUUUGAAGAGCGACCAGGACUAUAUUCUCAAGGAAGGUGACUUGGUAAAAAUCGACCUUGGGGUCCAUGUGGAUGGCUUCAUCGCUAAUGUGGCUCACACUUUUGUGGUUGAUGUAGCUCUGGGGACCCAAGUAACAGGGCGGAAAGCAGAUGUCAUUAAGGCAGCUCACCUUUGUGCUGAAGCUGCCCUACGCCUGGUCAAACCUGGAAACCAGAACACACAAGUGACAGAAGCCUGGAACAAAGUUGCCCACUCAUUUAAUUGCACACCAAUAGAAGGUAUGCUGUCACACCAAUUGAAGCAGCAUGUCAUCGAUGGAGAGAAAACCAUUAUCCAGAAUCCCACAGACCAGCAGAAGAAGGACCAUGAGAAAGUUGAAUUUGAGGUACAUGAAGUAUAUGCUGUGGAUGUUCUCGUCAGCUCAGGAGAGGGCAAGGCCAAGGAUGCAGGACAGAGAACCACCAUUUACAAAAGAGACCCUUCUAAGCAGUAUGGCCUGAAAAUGAAAACUUCUCGUGCCUUCUUCAGUGAGGUUGAAAGGCGUUUUGAUGCCAUGCCUUUUACUUUAAGAGCAUUUGAAGAUGAGAAGAAGGCCCGCAUGGGUGUGGUGGAGUGCGCCAAACACGAACUGCUACAACCAUUUAAUGUUCUCUAUGAGAAGGAGGGUGAAUUUGUUGCCCAGUUUAAAUUUACAGUUUUGCUUAUGCCCAAUGGCCCCAUGCGGAUAACCAGUGGUCCCUUUGAGCCUGACCUUUAUAAGUCUGAGAUGGAGGUCCAGGAUGCAGAGCUCAAGGCCCUCCUCCAGAGUUCGGCAAGUCGGAAAACCCAGAAAAAGAAAAAAAAGAAGGUUCGUUACAACUGCAGAGAAUGCCACCAGUGGGGAAACUUUAGAAGAAAAUGAAGCUGGGGACUGAGAAAGACCUGGAACCAGAGGAGCAGACUGAUUGAAGAGACAAAACUCCUGGCUUUCUGAAGCUGUGGACUUGGAUGAAUUGCUAGGGGUUUGGAGAGAAAGUUGACGAAUUUCAGUACCUCUGGCAUGCUGUCCCAGGGAACUAGGGCUCCCGCUAACUUACAAGGUUUUUAAACACAUUGAAAAUGACAUGGCGUUAAAAUAAAUUUGGAUUUGCUCAUAA